AUGGGGAAGGGCGGCCGAGCCAAGUUCAACACGCUGUACCAUGCAAGAAGCAAGCUGACAGAUGAUGACCUUCCAAACCUCGGCCUCAACCAGGAGAGCACCGACUACGAGGAGGUCGAUAUCUCCCAGAACCUGUUGACUUCAAGAGGGCUGAAGACGGUGGUGAAAUUCUGCUGCCGCUGCACAAACCUGCGGAUUUUCAAGGCAUACAAGAACGAGAUCGACGACACGGGAGCUUAUCAACUGGCAAAACUUUUGGAAAAAUGCACGUACAUGGAGGAGGUCCAUCUCUCCCACAAUCGCCUUACCGCAAAAGGCGUCAAAGUAAUCGUUCAGGCUGCCGAGCAGAACCGGGCCCGUACCAUGAGUCCUUUGUGGCUACGACUGGAGCAGAAUCAGGUCUCCGGCGCUACGGAGUUGCUUCGGCACCUUUGCACCGAGUACAGCGUCUGCGGCCGCGGUGAUGAGCGAAACUGCACGAGCCGUCACUGCGCGUGGAAACGGAAAGUUCACGUGCCGUUCUUGUACAUGCAGCGGGAAGACUGGAAGGAGGAGACUUCGUCAUCGAAAUACUGGCAGCACGCCGAACACUACGAUGCUUGGCCGGAGGAGAACUGGGCAGAAGCUUGGCCGGAUCCAUCUUGGAAGGCCCGCUCAUCUCAAGCAGCCACUUCCGCAAGCUACAACUCGGCGGCGAAGUGGAAGCCAAGUCUCGAACGUGCUGCUGGCAAGCCUGACUUCAUCGUCUCCGUCCAGGAGCUUUUCGAGCAUGCUGAGAAUGAAGAGAAGUGGGUGGACGGCGGGUACCAGGACAAGCGCUGGGAGCCGGUAGAUCGGAAGAAGUGGACGCCAGAAGCUCCGGCGGACACAGCCACUCCAGUCCAAGAGGACGCUGAGCCUCAGGAAGACGAGGAUGGACAGGGGCUGCUCCAAAGGCUCCUGGCAGUGAAGGAUGUGGCCACGUCGGCCAAGCGCUGGGCCGCCGCAGGCCCGGAGGCUUCGGUCCCGGCCAGUGAUCCGAAGGAUCCCGCACCAGACGCAGCCCCUGAAGCGGCGCAGGAGGAAUCGGUCCUCGCCAGCGACACCGUCGAAGCCCCGGAGGGGGAGUCGGAAAACCAGGUUGAGGCAAAGUCCGGUCGGAAGACCCGACGAGCGAAGAAGAAAAACAAGAUCAGCAAGGCUUCGCAGUACGGGUCGGAAUGA